CGACCACCACCCACCAUGGCGGACGCCACACCAUCCGCCCCUGUCGUCUUCAAAAAGCGCGCCGGCCGCGCCAACCUCAAGNAAACGCGCCGCAACACCCCCUCGUCCUCGGACUCAGACUACAGCAGCGCAGAAGACGAAAGCGGCACACGCAUAAAACGGCGUCGCAAAGGCGGCAUCACAUCCUCUUCCGCCAUCAACAAGCCCUCGCGCGUCGAUCUCGGCAAAUCCACUCAAUUUGCUGGCGACCGCAGUGCUGCAAUUACAGACUUGGACGAUGCGACAAAGACGAGUAAUUGGUUUCAUGCGGACGAAGCUGCAAAGACUGCACAAGCAGAGCAAGAGGUAGCGGAGAAAGAUGGCACAUACAAAGGCACAAAAGGGUAUGGCAACUUUAUACAGAAAAAUCCUGAUAAACUGGGUAAGAGCGUGGGUCCAGUCAAGGCACCCACGAAUAUGCGUAUGAUCACGUUGGUCGACUUUGCGCCAGACGUCUGCAAGGAUUACAAGCAAACUGGAUUUUGCGGUUUCGGCGACAGCUGCAAAUUCCUCCACGCUCGCGAAGACUACAAACAAGGCUGGCAACUCGACAAAGAAUGGGAAAAGGCCGGGAAAUCAAAAGCCCCCAAAGGCACCACAGUAGCCUCUGCAAACCGCGAUCCCUCCAAUCCAGACAACUCUUCCGACGACGAAGAAGCAAAAGAACUAGAAAAAAUCCCCUUCGCCUGCAUCAUCUGCAAACAACCCUACAAAAGCCCCGUCGUCACAAAAUGCGGCCACUACUUUUGCGAGGCGUGUGCGUUGAAGAGACAUAAAAGUAAAGGUGGAAAACAAUGUGCCAAUUGCGGUGCCGAUACGGGCGGAACGUUCAACGUGGCCAAGAAUCUGAGGAAGCUGUUGGAUAAGAAGAGGGAGAGGAUUCGCAAGAGAAAGGAAAAGGCGAGGGAGAAUGGGGAGGAGAUUAGUAGUGAUGAGGAGAAGUGA